AUGUUUUUUAACAGCGCUAACAAUGAACCUAUACUCUGCCGAGCUUUUUCUACUUAUCUUGAUGGUGCUGCACUACUUUGGUUUUCUAAACUAUCUGCAGGUUCGAUCUCCUCAUUCGAAGAAUUGGCGAGGUCCUUCAUUGACUACUUCGCAGCUUCAAGGAUAUACGUACACGGAUCAGAUUACCUUGGUACCAUCCGACAAGGACAACACGAAAGCUUGAAGGAAUACAUGACUAAAUUUGCGGAGGCAACCAUGGAAAUACAAGAUCUAGACCCAGCAGUCCACCUACACGCCCUUAAGGCCGGCCUCCGACCCGGUAAGUUCCGGGAGACAAUCGCGGUGACCAAACCAAAGACACUGGAGGAAUUCCGAGAAAGAGCAGCUGGACAAAUGGAGAUCGAAGAACUCCGUGAGGCUGAAAGAACAGAAAGAAAACAACCUAGAAAAGACAAAGACAAGACUAUAAGGUCGCCAAACAAUAAGGAACUGAGGAAGCCAUUCAAGCUCACCCCAAAAUUUGACAAUUAUACCAGAUUCAACACAAAGAGAGAAAAAAUAAUCAAAGAGAUUCUCAACGCCAAAAUUAUAAAACCUCCAGCCCGAGCAGGAAGUUACCAGGAUCAACGAUUUGUGGACAGAAGCAAGCACUGUGCUUUCCAUCAGAAAUACAGGCACACGACGGACGAAUGUGUGAUCGCCAAAGACUUACUAGAGAGGUUAGCCCGGAAAGGCCUCUUAGACAAAUAUGUUGAAGGAAGAAGAAAAAAGGAAGGCAUUCGAGACGGGGAAGAGCGCCGACAAACUUCGGAAGGAAAAGAUGACAACAGAUGGUCCAACCCUAAUCCACCAAAAAGGAUCAUCAACUGCAUAUUCGGAGGAUUUGCCAGAGGAGGUGAAACAAGCUCGGCACGCAAACGAAACUACCGUGCAAUGCUGACAAUCAAAGGAACAGUACCACAAAGCACCAAGGAUACAACCGACUCAAAAUCACCUUCAGCCAGGUAG